CCCAGGCUUUUUCUCGUAGUGCCGCUGGGACCGUUGACUAGUGUGGCUGCGUUGUAGGUUUUGUAGUAAUCGAUCUCUGGGCGCUGCGAGCUGAAAGAGCCGAGCUCGCAGGCCAUUCAUCAUGUCGCGUUACGGGCGGUACGGAGGAGAAACCAAGGUGUAUGUUGGUAACCUGGGAACUGGUGCUGGCAAAGGAGAGUUAGAAAGGGCUUUCAGUUAUUAUGGUCCCUUAAGAACUGUGUGGAUUGCCAGAAAUCCUCCGGGAUUUGCCUUUGUGGAAUUUGAAGAUCCUAGAGAUGCAGAAGAUGCAGUGCGUGGCCUGGAUGGGAAAGUGAUUUGUGGUUCCCGAGUGAGAGUUGAACUAUCAACAGGCAUGCCUCGGAGAUCUCGUUUUGAUAGACCACCUGCCCGACGUCCCUUUGAUCCCAAUGAUAGAUGCUAUGAGUGUGGCGAAAAGGGACAUUAUGCUUAUGAUUGUCAUCGCUAUAGCCGCCGAAGAAGAAGCAGGUCACGGUCUAGAUCACAUUCAAGAUCCAGAGGUAGGCGAUACUCUCGCUCUCGCAGCAGGAGCAGGGGAAGGAGGUCAAGAUCAGCAUCUCCUCGGCGAUCAAGAUCUGUGUCUCUUCGUAGAUCAAGAUCAGCUUCACUCAGACGAUCUAGGUCUGGUUCUAUAAAAGGAUCGAGGUAUUUCCAAUCCCGGUCCAGGUCAAGAUCAAGAUCCAGGUCUCUUUCACGACCGAGAAGCAGCCGAUCGAAGUCCAGAUCUCCGUCUCCAAAAAGAAGUCGUUCCCCAUCAGGAAGUCCGCGAAGAAGUGCAAGUCCUGAAAGAGUGGACUGAAGUUCUCAAGUUCACCUUUUAGGGAAAAGUUAUUUUGUUUACAUUAUUAUAAGGGAUUUGUGAUGUCUGUAAAGUGUAACUUAGGGAAGGGUAAUUCAACCAUCUAAUCAAAACGGAUCUGGACUAUUACUCUGUAAAUUCACAGCAGUAAGGUAAUAUAAAUUUUUGUUGAAUGUAUUAACAUCCUAUGGUCUGAAAAUGUGGGUUUUUAUUUGGCACAUUUAAAAUAAAAUGUUUCUAAUUAGAUUUUUGAUUUGUGUUCAGUAUUAAUGCUCGAUUUGGUAGGCUUCAGGAGUCAACCUUGAUAUUAACCAUAUUCAUACAGACCUACAUUCAAAGUUUAAUGGUGUUAUUUAAGUCUUGAACAUCACUGAAUAGUAUAUAUACACUUGGAAGAUUCCUUUCUACACUUAGAGUUUGGGGUAAGAUGGUAAGAACUCGACUGUCCCCCUUGGUAGCAUGAAUGCUUCAUGACAAGUCCCUAAAUCUAUUGGAGUUGGCGUUAUUAGAUGUUAUCAGGCUACUGAUCUCUUCUGUCAGGCUGUAGGGACCACUGACUUGCUGUAAAGUGAGCGCAACAGGAACUGAGCAGGAGUAGCUGCACUUAAUGCUGGAGAAACGGAACUUUCUGAAGCCUAUUUAAGUAUAGUAACUAAUUGAGGUUUUCAGCCUAUUAGGUAGGAUGGUGUCACAUUAGAGUUCUCCAUUCUAGGAAGUUAUACUCAAUGUUCUUUUGUUUCUUUGUUUUCAAACAUUAACCAAUUUUAUGCCAAAAUUUUUGCAUGUUUGAAGAAUUGUCUGAAUUUGGGACAAAACAUCUUCAUGUAAACCAGCUUUGCAAAAUUUUCCAGCCCAGAUAUUCUACUCUGUCUCUUCAAAUGGAUUGCCUUAUUCUGAGCAGAGAUAUGUUAAUUCCCAAGUUAGGUUUUUCAGUUCACGAACACCAACAUACUUUAUCUUAUUUUGCCAGGCUGGUGCAAAGUAAUUAAAGAUGUCAAUCAGAAAUGUUAAAAAGACUAAAGUAGUUUUGUAAAUCCAACCUAUAUUUAGCAACACCUCAUGUAGUUAUUUUUUGGUAGCAUCUGGUAAACUUUAGAAUGUCAGAGCCAGUAGAUUCUUUAUUUGGACUUUAAAUAUCUUAAGUAUCAUAGGGCAGUAACAAUUUUGAGUUUUCUAGUCAAGCUUUUGGUGCAAAAAAAAUUUAGUGCUGGUGGCACAGCUGUCUGCCCUUGUUUCUUAUGCUUUUAAACAAAGUUAUUGGAUAACUUUACAAUUUGGGAAUACUGAUCUGCCUCAAAUUUAUUUACUGGUCUGAAUGAUCAUUAGUAUGUUGGAAGUUUGGAUGUUCUGUUUUUGGAAUUUUGACAACUGGCUGCGUUAUAUGGUUGGUAUAAAGCUAUGUGUGUAAUCAGCAGGCUUAUUUGUUGCA